UGCGCAAAUUACACCGUGUUGGGCUCCCACAAACAAGUAUUCCACAUUGACUUCUAUCAUAUCUGAUAUCACUCCGGAUUAUACGCUCUCACACUGAGCAUUGCCCUAGUUGGGUCAAAAUAACAAUGGCUUCCACACAACCGGCUGGGUCCUCUGCACCCUCGUCUAACCUGAACUCUCCGAUCUUGCCUCCUGGAGGAACACCAUUCUUCACCGGCUCCUUACCCGAUUCUAAUGCGAGAUCUUCUCCCAUACCUACUAGUAAUGCCCCUGCGCAAGCUGAUGGAUCGAAAUCGAAACGCACCAAACGUGAUAGCCGCAAAAAGCGUGAGGCCAAGGGUCUGGAUCAGGAAAGCAUGCCACCGAAGAAGCGAGCAGUUGCUGUCCAAAACACUGCACUUCCCAGCUCGGAUCUCAGCAUACUAAGGCCUCUCCUGUUGGCAGAGCCUCGCUCAUCCGAUCUGUUACCCCCACAACCCCGGCAGCUGAACUUUGUCAACCGAAAAACAUCAGACGUUAUCGGUCAGAGCUGGGACUUUUUUGAGAUUGUCGAUAAGCUCACCAAUAAGAAUGGGUUUCGUUAUAGCUACGCCAUAGCUGAUCCAAGCUUUCCGCAUAUCAAAUACCGUCAGACUGAUGUCCAGCCCUAUCACGCCCGAUUUAGUUUCGAAGACUCUCCAGCUGCCAUACUCUUCAGUAAGGACGCUCUCGCAGUUACUUCUAAUGAGCCUUGGCAUACGGCACGCGCCAAUGUCUGCGCGCGCGAGGGAUCCUAUUACUACGAAGCGCGCAUUAUCAGUGGUGUUGUGAAUAAUUCGCCUGCUCCCUCUUCUAAUAGCAAUGGAGGCUUACCGUCCAGGGGGCAUGUGCGUCUUGGUUUUGCACGAAGGGAGGCAGACCUCGAUGCCAACGUUGGUGUUGACUGUUAUGGCUACGGUAUCCGUGAUGUGAAUGGUGAGGUCGUCAAUCGGAUGCGGUGUGAAUACUUUUUUCCAAAAGGCGAAUCUAUUCGUGAGGGCGACGUUGUCGGCCUUCUAAUCACCCUUCCGCCACUCUCUCUCCACAAGAAAGUUGUAGAGGGAACUUAUGAGUCAAGUGCAGAUGGCGAGGUCUCAUCACCAAGCUCAGAAGCCCCGUCAGUCACGAAUAUAGUUCGUGACCGCAUUCCUUUCCACUACAAAUCAGACUUUUGUUGGCAACAGUCGAACGUGUUUCCAACAAAACAGCUACGCGACUACGCAUUCAAUCUCAAAGAAACCCCUACGUUUGGGCCUCCAUCUCCGUUCAAUGCCGAGGAUGCAUCUUUGCGAACGUUACCCGGUUCAAGCAUCACAAUAUACAAGAACGGUGUAAAGAUGGGCACUCCUUUUGAAGAACUGUAUGCUUUCUUACCACCGGCCAGCCGACUCGCCAAUGGCACAAACAACUUGGGCAUCGGCGAGCGCGAGAAUGCAGAUGACGGAAUGAUCGGUUAUUAUCCUGCUGUCAGCUGCUACGGCGGAGGGGCGGUUGAAUGCCGCUUUGACGGGCCAUGGUGGGUGGGGCCACCAUCUCAUACGGACAACGGCGAGCCAGUCCGGGGCAUCGGCGAACGCUUCAACGAACAAAUAGUUGAGGAUAUAGUUGCCGAUAUCGUGGACGAGGUUGAGGCAAUGUGCGUCUGGGGCGGAGUAGACGGCAACGUUGUCAACAAUGCAGAGAUCGAUGGCUCUGGAACUGGGGCAGUUGGUGGCUCCGAGGUGUUGAAAGGUGGUGUUAGUGCGGCUUAUGAGUCUGCUAUUCCUCCAGUUGCGGACGGCCAGAGUGAGUCUGCUGCUAAUCCCGCUGGCAAUGGCAACGAAGCGGGAAGCGUCAUGGACCUAGAUCCAGGCCAGGCCGCGCUUGAGGACGCCACGCGCGCCAAUGCCCCGGUUCCAGAAGCACCCCAGAAUACGAUUCCCGACACGUCAACUGGGGAUGGCGAUGUUGAAAUGUCUUGAACGCCAUACCGUCAACGCCUCGGCCUCUGGUUUCGUGAUUAGGCCUAGGAUUCCUAAGCCAGUCUACUACACCGGCCUUGCCUCAGGGUGGUUGGUGUUGGAAUGAUCUACUCGUGACAAAGGCACAUUACGGGGCUAGUAGACAGUAUAUUACGACUUCGAACUCUGCACAAAUAUACAUAAUGUGCUAGUC